AUGGAAAAUAUACGGAUAGGUUUUAUUGGUGGAGGUCGUAUUGUACAAGCAUUAGUUGAUGGACUUCGUGAAGCAAAUUAUCUUGAUAAAAUACAUCUUACGAUAAGUUGUCCAUCUGCAAAUGAUGAUAAAUCAUCAUUGAAACGCUUCAGUAAUAUGAUUCAAAUGACAUCGUCAAAUCUAUUGCUUUGCAAUACUUGUGAUAUUGUAUUAUUUGCUGUAAAAGCAAAAUUAAUAAAAUCCAUAUGUCAAGAACUUGAAAAAUCUCUUGAUAAAAAUCGUUUAACAAAUAUCUUAUUUAUAUCAAUCGUUCCAGGUUUAACUAUUUCAACAUUAUCCCAUUGGCUUCAUACUGAGAAUAAUAUUAUUCGAAUUAUGUACAAUGUUAAUGUUGCUAAAUGCAAUGGCUCGUAUGCUAUAUCAUCGUUGACUACGAAUGAAAACAAUCGUCGACUGGAAAAUUAUUUAAAAUCAAUUUUUGAUAAAGUUGCCUACUAUGCUGGUGCUGUUAGUGAAUCUGAAUUAGAUAUCAUGUGUGCUUUAAUCGGUAGUGGUCCAGCUUUUUUCUGUACGGCAGUCGAAGGUCUCGCUGAUGGCGCAGUUAAAGCAGGCCUUUCUCGUCAAUUAGCAAAUACAUUAGCAGCACGAACGAUGCUCGGUUGUGCUGAUGUUUUAGUAGCAUCGUCGAAACAUCCAGCUGAACUUAAAAAUGAUAUAUCAACACCAGGCGGUACGACAAUUUAUGGUUUACAUGAACUUGAAAACAAAGGUGUACGUGGUGCAUUUAUGGAUGCAAUUAUGGCAGCAUUUAACCGUGCGCAAACAAUGGCUGAUCAAUUAGCUAGAGAUACCAAAUGA